AAUUUAUCCACCCAUAUUUAACACCUUAGAAAUUCCAAUGAUGACAAACCAGGUCCAACAUUUCCAUGUAAAUACAAACAAGAAUAGAAAGAUUUCAUGCUUUUAUGAUAAUUAAAUAUUAAUAAAAUUCCUAUUUCUGAGUGACAGCACUAUGCAGAAGAAGUCUGUAUUGCUGAUACUUCAAAAAGAAUUACCAUUUCCAUAUUUAAGGCAAAAUGACUACGUAAUUGUCUCACUUUCCAGUGAACGUCACUCAAAGAAUUAAACAUAUCAUUAACCUGUGGACCUGUAUUAUAGGCAUCAGCAGGGAUUACUGGAUAGCAAAUUUGCCUUGAAGCUUAAGACAGUAUCUCCAAAAUGUUGGAAAUAAGUCCUUCAGCUGCAAGACAUCUAACUAAAUAACUAACUCAAUGGAGCAGAGUCCUUCUCAAGAAGCACUCAUUCAGCUACUCAAAAAGUGUUGUACUUUUCUAUGGAACCCAAGGUUCAUUACCAUGUCUGCAACAGCCCACCACUAGUCCCCGCCCUCAGCCAUAUAAAUCCAACCAACACUUUCCCACCUUAUUUAAAAUCCAUUAAAAUAUCAUCUUCCAAUCAAUGCCUAGGUAUUCCUAGGGGUCUCUUCCUUCAGGCUUUCCAACAAAAAUUCUUACCCCCAAAAUAUCCUAAAUGGUUUUUCCUCAUGUUCAUUGUGACCACAAAGUAAGACUUCUAUUUCAUGCAUUAUGCCAUGGCAGUCAGUAAAAUGUACUACUGUUAAUUGUUUGCACCACAAACAAAAAACAGUCUUGGCAACAUCAUAAACACUUCACUGUUCUGGAACAUUUUUGUGUUUUGAUAUGACAAAGAUCACUCUUCACUUUCUACACACUCCUUCCUUAAAAUGAAUACUUAUAACAUUUCUUAAUGUGUUGUGAAAUAUUUACUUUAUUCAUUUACUCAGAAAUUUACCAAAGAAAAGGGUUAAAUGCUAAUUUAAAGCAUUGUUCUACAUUCUUAACAUAAUUUUAUUCUACUUUCACUUACAUCUUUCCAAACUGAAUGCCCCCUCUCCCCACAAAUAUACUGUACACUCAAAUUUUGAAAGGUUAAACUGUAGAGAAAACGUUUGUACAUAACAGAUGUACAUAAUUUACUAAGUAAAUAUAGUAAACAAGUAUCAAUAUCUGAAAUUUUUCACUGCUGUCACAAAAAGAAUUAAAUCCAUUAGUUUCAAUUUAUAACACUUUCAGCAGCAGUCUCCAGUAAAAUACCUAACAGAACUUAAUGUGAAUUUUAUAUGUUUUCACUUUUUGGGGGGAAUUAUAUGCAGGAAAAUACUGUGCAAUAUAUUUGGGCAAAUACAGUAUAUAUUAUGUACUCAUACUGAAUCACUACAUUUGAAUGUGGCUCCACUAUCUCUGUUAGGUGUGGCCACUUUUACAAAACAUCAAUACAACUUGCAAUGCCUAGCACAGUACAUAACCUUAUCAGUUCAGUAGAUAAUCAUAUCACAUAGAUAAGUCAGUGAAUGGCAUUAGUAUGAAAAGAAUAACAGUGCAGAGAUCUGGUUGCAUAUUGAUAUUGUUACUACAAUAAUGUAAUUAAAGCUAUUUACAUACAAUGAUAAGGAGAGUUUAAUCAAAGUGCUAUGGAAAUUAAAAAGUCAGUUUUGGACACAAAACCACAAGAAAUAUUGGGAUACACUUUGACAGCUAAACAACAGAUCUGGGUAUACUUUAUAGUGGCAACUGGACUUAAAAGUGCAGUGUAUGUAUUUGACUUAGCUUCAGGAAUUGCAGUUGUGAAUGAACACUACAAGGCAGGAGACAAUGCUUGGGCCACACUUACUCUUCUUCUUAUGUACUUCCCAUCACUUGUCUUUUUCAUUGUUAUUAUAUCAAGACCAGACUUGUGGGAUAAGCAACAUGAAAUCUCUGGUACAGCAAAGUGGUUCAGCUUCCGUGCUGCACAAUUCCUUGCCUACCCAAUCUGGGUUAUGUACAGGUACGCUAAACAGUUAUUCUGGUCAGUUGAAGCUCUGACAAAUGAGAAAGGGCGUGAAGAAGCCCUUCUGGCAGUUACUCAGCCAAGCCAGACAGAAUUGUAUCUGUUCUUACAACCAUUCCUACAGUCAAUUCCACAAGCCUUCCUGCAACUAUACAUCAUGCUUGCUCAUUAUCAACUAGACAAACAAAUAAGUAAGUACAAUUCCACAUGCAUGCUUGUAAAAACUGGAAUAUAUAUAUGAACAUAGUAGUCUGCAAAAAACCAACAGAUGUGUAGCCUAAAUACCAUGAAAAGUUUGCAACUCAUACAGGACAGGGAAUAAACAGUGUUUUUCACCAGUCAACUCAGUACAUGAUACACUUAAAUGCAUCAGAGACUAAUUCACAGUUAGUGUUUGCUAGUGUUCUGUGAUUCCUUUCAUGCCUAAAUAUAUAGCUGGAAAUUCCUUCUUAACAAGGUGAAAGGUAACAAAUUCAAAUCUUGGAAGAUGCAUUAGCUAUCCUUACUCUUUAAGAUAUAAUAUGUCUUUCACAUAUUACAAAGAAUAUCAACUGCUGGAAUUUGUAGUAUAAAAUUGUCAUGGGAUAAAUAAAUACGAAUGAAAUGUGGCAGGAAGCAGUCAUGUUCUGCUUCCAAUUUUGGACAUAUUUCUGAGCCAGUUUUAUCUCCUUACUAUCUUCACAAAAUGUCUCCCUAAGAUUCACCUUACUGUUACCCUCCCGUCUCUUUCUCAGGCUUCUAAGUGGGCGCUUUCCCUAUAAAAAUUCUACAUACAUUAUAACAUACAAAACUGUUCUUUUGUACUUUGUCCAUCUUCUAAAUUAUAAAGUUACAAAACUAUGUUUCAAAAACCAGAUUUUGCUUCCAUCUUCAGGUAAUAAAGGGGGAAAGAGGACAGAAAGUCUAUAUGAUAGGCCCCCUGAUUGAGCUGUCCAGGUCUGAGCAGUCAGUACCUUCAAUGUAUGUUCACUGAUGAUACUGUGAUCAUUUAAUAUAACUGCAAAUUAACAUGAUCAUCAAAUUCUGUCUGGCAGAGCAGUUUGGUUUAUUUUUGCACUAUGCAAAAUAGGCAAAAAAUACAUUUCAUAUAAUGACUUAAACAUUUUCUGAAUUUCCCAACAAAGAUAUGUGUAUUUUGUGACUUCGAAAUUUCAGAAAAUGUUAAAAUAAAACAUGUCUUUAUUUGGUCAUUAAAAUGUAAAAUGAGAUCUUGAAAAUAUAACUGAUUCAAGUUAUGGACUACUCAAAACAAUACUGAUUCAUUCAAUCAUUCAUACAUGCAUUGUUUUACUGAAGCCUGUAAUUGUUAGAUGUGUCAGAACAUAAAAUUAUAGCUAUUUAUACUAUAUGGGUCUUUACUUUCCCAGUACGUACUUGUCAAUUACUGAACAUAUGUUUGAUUUCAUAUUUUUAAUAUUUAUCAUUCUUUUCAUAUCAGGUCAGAUGCAGGUGUUCUGUAUAACAACCUCUCUCAUGAUAGUGGCUCAUAAAACAGGG